CCGCCGGCGAAAAUUGUCACCAUCGCGGACGAAAUAAUCAAGUAUAAAAACUGGUGCAACUCGAACACAAUCAUAGUCAAACUUGGACAAUCAUACCAGUAACAAUGGCAGCUAAGUUCUUCGUUGUUCUUGCCCUGGCCGCAGUUGCCUCUGCCGUUCCAGUGGUUCCCCUUGCCAAGGUGGCCUACGCUGAAGCAGAAGCUCCAGCCCACUACGAGUACCAAUACUCAGUUCACGAUGAGCACAGCGGUGAUAUUAAACAGCAACAGGAAGCUCGUGAGGGAGACGCUGUCCACGGCUCAUACUCUCUUGUUCAGCCCGAUGGUGUCCACCGUAUUGUGGAGUACACCUCUGACCACCAGAAUGGCUUCAACGCCAUCGUCCGUUACGAGGGUACCCCAAUCCCAGCCCCAGCACCCGCUAAAGUAGCUUACGCUGCUGCCCCCGUCGCUAAGGUCUCCUAUGCAGCUCCCGUUUCCUACGCUGCCCCUGUCGCUCACUACGCCGCUGCCCCCGUUGCUCAAUAUGCCGCUGCACCUGUCGCUCACUAUGCCGCUGCCCCCGUGGCUCACUACGCCGCUGCCCCUGUCGCUCACUACGCCGCACCCGCCAAGGUUGCCUACAGCGCCGCUCCAGCACUCACUCAAGUUACCUUCUCUUCCCCCGCUAUCUCUUACCACCACUAA